CUUGGCUUAGAGAAGAUGAUAAAGAGAGGAAACAAGCUGCCUAUCCAAGUGGCUGAAGGGAAGAAAAUACCUGAUGUCCCACUUCAAGCAGCGAAGCUGGCAUCAGAAACUGGUGUAGCUCUUAGAGACAAGCUGCCUAUCUACACAUCUUGGAAGCUUUAUGAAAAAGAUGGGGGGCCAGUAGAAGUACAAAAAGUGCUUGAUAAAGUGGCGAAUAGGUUGGAUGUGGAUGUUAAGAAUGAUGGACCAAGCAAAUCUGCAUGCACUGAUAUCAUUAAGAAGGGAGUAAAGCAGCAGAGGUAUCACCUAAAAAGGAAGUACUUCGACGAGUCCCUCACAAUGGAACAGCUGUUGGCCAAAGAACCUCCACCUAAAAUGAAGACAGAGGAGUGGAUCGAGCUCGUAAAGUACUGGUGUGACCCAAAGAAUCAGGUCCAUGGCCUGCAUCACUGCUUUUGUUAACAUGCAAUCAAACUA